CGCCAAGCACCGAAUGGCCGAAGCUUGGGGACACGAAAGCAUACGUAGUCGUUGGAGGCCAACAGCUGGAGAUCCGUCUGUCUGUCUUGCCGUGACAAUUGCUCCUGUGCACAGCCAAGAUGAAGUUCCUCCAGACCGUGACAGCCUUCCUGUUGCCAAUUGCAGCUCUGGCAGCAAAGAAACCUUCGGGCGACAAGUUCUCCGACUACCGAUCGCAACAGCUGUCGACUGGCGGCCCCCUCAAGCUCGACGACAAUGAAUACGCAAAAUUGACUGCCGCCCCCCGCGACUACGGUGUUGCUGUCCUCCUGACUGCCCUCGAGGCCAGAUUCGGCUGUGCCAUCUGUCACGAAUUCCAACCCGAAUGGGAUCUCCUGGGCAAGAGUUGGACCAAGGGAGACAAGAAGCAGGAGUCCAGGCUGGUCUUUGGAACCCUCGACUUUGCCAGUGGCCAGAGGACUUUCCAGUCUCUGCAGCUCACCACUGCUCCCGUCCUUCUCUACUUUGCUCCUACCACUGGUCCUGAUGCUAAGCCGGAUACUGCUCCUCUGCGUUUCGACUUUACCACUGGUGUCAUCCGUGCCGAACCCGUGCACAACUGGCUCUCCCGCCAUGUCGCUGGUCCUAGCCCUCCAGUCGUCCGUCCCGUAAACUACGUCAAGAUCAUCACAACCACCGUGGCAAUCCUCGGCUCCAUCACCGCCAUUGCUGUCGCUGGCCCUUACGUCCUCCCCGUCCUCCAAAGCCGCAAUCUCUGGGCCGCCAUCAGUCUGAUCCUCGUCCUUCUCUUCACCAGCGGCCACAUGUUCAACCACAUCCGCAAGGUCCCUUAUGUCGCUGGUGACGGCAAGGGUGGAAUCUCCUACUUUGCCGGUGGUUUCCAGAAUCAGUUCGGUCUCGAGACUCAGAUUGUUGCUGCCAUGUACGCCAUCCUCGCAUUCGCUACCAUCUCCCUCGCUCUCAAGGUCCCUCGUAUGACAGACCCUCGUGCCCAGGGUAUUGCUACCCUCGCUUGGGGUCUCGUCAUGCUCGCCAUGUACAGCUACCUCCUCAGCACUUUCCGCAUCAAGAACGGCGGUUACCCCUUCUGGCUGCCUCCCUUCUAGAUGUCAUGUAUCAGAGUCACAUUUUUACGCAUCGAGGAGCCCGCAUUUGGUGGACUGCCCACUUGUCCUUGAGAUGGACAUGCUCGUUCGAAAGAAAAGUCUUAUAUAUUUUCGCAAAUUAGACAAUCACUUUUACCAAACCAUCGUGGCUCGUUCGGCUGCAUGACUUUUCAUAGACUGCACGCUAGAGUGGCACGAUCACGAAGAGACCAGGAUUAGAAUUGACAAAGUCCAAAGGAG